GCACUUGGGUGAUGGGUCCUCCUCCUUGUUUCUCUGCUUUUGCUCAGACCUAUUGGACCAGCUCUAUCCUGGUGAAAGUUAAGCGCUUCCAAAACACAGAGAGAGUUGCGCAGCCCCAGGAACCGAUCUCCCAGUGAAGAAUUAACUUUUGGGCCAAUAAAUAUGUGAACAUGGCAAAUAAAAAGCUAAGAAGAGCAGGUUUACCUCAUGAUCUUUGUGAGAGACUAAGUCGACAUCAGAUUACUACUUGCCGGGACUUCUUAUGUCUUUCCUUCCUGGAAUUAAUGAAAAUGACUGGACAGAGCUAUUGGAGUGUCCAGAAACUUUUUCGGACUGUCAGCCAAUCCUGUGCUCCCAAAAUGCAAACGGCUUAUGAAAUGAAAAUGAAAAGAACCAACAAUCCUUCAACAGCAUUCUUGGCAACAAGUCUAGAAGAUCUGGAUAAAAUAUUGCAUGGUGGAAUUGCCUGUGGCAGUCUUACAGAGAUAACGGGUCCAUCAGGUUGUGGCAAAACUCAGUUCUGUAUUAUGAUGAGCUUGCUGGCCACAAUGCCCACUAACAUGGGAGGAUUGAAUGGGGCAGUUAUUUACAUUGAUACAGAGUCUGCAUUUACUGCUGAAAGGCUUGUUGAAAUAGCACAGCAUCAAUUCCCACAUUAUUUUGCUACAGAAGAAAAGCUGAUUGCAAUGACAAACAAGGUUCUUGUCUAUCAGGAGCUAACCUGUGAUAGCGUACUAAAAAGAAUUAAAUCUUUGGAAGAAGAAAUAAUUUCUAAGAACGUUAAACUAAUAAUAGUUGACUCUGUUGCUUCAGUAGUCAGAAAAGAAUUUGAUACAAAGCGUCAAGGUAACCUGAAAGAACGAAGCAAUUUAUUGACUAAAGAAGCUUCAAUAUUGAAAUACUUGGCUGAAGAGUUUUCAAUACCCGUAAUCUUGACGAAUCAGAUUACCACAUGGCUAAGUGAUGGCCUUGCUGUACAGGCAGACCUCCUGUCUCCAGUUGAUGACUUGUCCCUGUCUGAAGGAUCGUCUAGAAAUAGGGAUGGGGAAUCUGGCUACGUGACUGCAGCGUUGGGGAACACAUGGAGUCAUUGCGUCAAUACAAGACUCAUUUUACAGUAUUUGGAUUCAAAGACAAGACAGAUCCUGGUUGCUAAGACCCCUAUUGCUCCAUUGACAUCUUUCCUAUACAUUAUUGAAAACUCUGGUUUGGUUCUCCAAGAAAUGGAUCCAAAGGAGCAGCCCUGUAGUAAUUGGGAAGGAAUAAACCCAGCACUGCAAGCAAUAAAAGUGAGGAAAGAUACAUUUCACAAUGAAGCUGAAAUGGCUUUAUCCAGUUUUACCCUGUAAGUCACCUCAGCAGUUACCAGAAGCAACCAGAAAAACAGAAUACUGAAAUCCAGAGAAGAAGAAAAAGGUCCAUGUUUUUGAACUAAUAUCAUUAUUUUCCUGAUCUGAAGCAACUUCUGUAUAGUUUCCAGCUUUCAGUUUUGAUUACAAUCACUACCAGAUUUUUUUCAAGCUUGACUCUGGCAUUUGUGAUCCUACAGCUUUUCUUUAAAUAACAUGAGCAUAAAGAAAGUGAUCAGAAACAUUCUUGAAUCCUGUUGGUUGAUGUCGAAUGUCCUUUAUUGGUUCAAUAAAGACUUGUUCAAACA